UACAUUUCAUUGUCUUUCUAAUAAAUUGAACAGUGGUGACAUAUGGCGAAUGAUUCACAAUUUGACAAUCAACAAGUGUGCAAAGUAUUAUGUGAAGCAUGUCUGAAAAAAUGUUCCGGCAAUGUACUACGUGUUGGUAAAGUUUAUUUUCAUAUUGCCUGUUUUAAAUGUCAUGAAUGUGGUGUUUCAUUAUCGAAAGGUGGAUUUUUUACUCAUUCAAUUAAUAAUAAUUCAAAUUAUUAUUGUACAAAAUGUUAUCAAAAUUCAUUCGGUACAAAAUGUGCUGCUUGUAAUGAAUUUGUUGAAGGUGAAGUAAUCAGUGCACUUGGUAAUACUUAUCAUCAACAAUGUUUCCGUUGUAAUCGAUGCAGGCAACCAUUUCCAAGUGGUGAAAAAGUAACCUGGACUGGAAAGGAAUGUCUAUGCACGAAAUGCAUACAAAUACCAACGGUUUCCACACCGAAUAAUGAUGGACUUGUGCCAAUUUGUCAUUCAUGUAAUAAUGAAAUAUCCGAUGGUCAAGCAUUAAUUGCAUUGGAUAAACAUUGGCAUAUUUCCUGUUUCAAAUGCGAUACUUGUGGUUGUAUUCUACAUGGUGAAUAUCUAAGCAAAGAUGGAAAAGUUUAUUGUGAAAAAGAUUAUCAGAAACAAUUUGGCAUUAAAUGUCAUCAUUGUGAACGUUAUAUAACGGGUAAAGUUUUACAAGCUGGUGAUAAUCAUUUUCAUCCUACUUGUGCACGAUGCAUCAAAUGUGGUGAUGUAUUUAGCGAUGGUGAAGAAAUGUACAUACAAGGUGCUGCCAUUUGGCAUCCAAGAUGUGGACCAGGACCUGGUGAAAAAAUGCCUGAUGAUUUACCAACACCAAUUGAUCAUCAGUAUUUUCGACCCGAUUCACCAAGCAUGACUAGUUCCUUAUCUCGUUCGAUUAGUCCAUUUGGAAAUUAUGGUGAACAGCUAAGUGAAUCAAGUCCAUAUUUGGAUAAGAAUACAACAUGGACAAGCGAUAUGAGCCGUUAUUAUACAUACAGUUAUCUAACAGCUGAACCAACACUUGGUUAUUUACGGAAACCGGUUGAACCACGUGCACCUAAAUCACCACAAUUCCAUAGGCCACCUGAUUAUCAACAAUAUCAUCAUCGCACCAGAACACAGAGUAGAUCUCCAAAACAAGGAAUGCGUGCUAUGGUUGACCAAUUACAGGCAACAAAUUCAUUGAGACCAAAAUCACCAUCCAUGAAUAAUGAAGAGCCAAUUGAAUUGUCUCAUUAUCCAAGUGCACAGAAACCAAAUCCAAAUGAUGUUCCCACAAUCGAACGGGAUGAUUUUCCAGCACCACCGUUUCCUUAUGCCGAUCCAAAUCUCAAAAAAUGGUAUAGUUCCAGAGAUGAUCUUGAAGAAGAAUUUGUUGCAAAAGAACGUGAAGAUAAUUAUGUUAAUCCACAGCUAAAGAAAGAAGAAGAAGAAUUGUCGAAAAUAGCUACAGGAAUUGGUAAAGUUUUCUUAAAAACGGUUAAAGAACGUGAAAAAAUUAUGGCACAUCGUAGAGCUAAUCUAGAUCCACGUAAUGCAUCACGUACACCAUCAGCCAAAACGGAAAUUCUUGCCCGAUUACGUUAUGAUAAUCCGGUCAAUGCUUCUCCAUCUCGUGACAUUGAUCGACCAAAACCAUGGGAAGAAGAUGAAUAUGAACGUUAUUUUUAUCGUAAUUCUCGAAUGACUCGAAGUCAACCAUAUAUUAAUUAUAAUGUCGUAUCUUCUCUACGAAAUACACCUAAGCCUGGUUAUAGCCUUAAACACCGUGAAAAUGGUGUUGAAUCACCAUUUACGGAAAAAUAUUUGGAAAAAACUCAAAGUGCCGAAUUUGGUAGCAAAAGAUCAGAUGUUUCGGCAAUGUCUGAUCAUCAGAAUCGUUAUUAUAUGAAUCAUAGUGCAAGUGGUACAUUUCGAACGACUCCAUAUUCCGAAGGAUUUGGAACGUAUCAUGGAUUCACUACUGGUUCUUAUAGUCCACAUUUUCGUCGUUCAAUGCCAAAUGUCAAUCUACAACAUAUGAGCAAUGAACCACCAAGACAAUAUCCGUACCAUUUGUUAAUGAUUACGAAUUAUCGAUUACCACCAGAUGUUGAUCGCUGUCAUCUUGAACGACAUCUGGAAAAUGGAGAAUUUGAACGAAUUUUUGCUAUGAAUCGAAUGGAUUUUUAUCGUUUACCUGAAUGGAAAAGAAAUGAGCUUAAAAAACGAGUCAAACUUUUUUAAAUUAACAACCAAAACCAAGUGACAAAUAACAGAAAAAUAAAAUAAAUAAUCUAAUACAACGACGAAUAUAAAUCAUCGAUUACUACUACUCAAGUGCACACACACACACACACACACACCCACAAACACCCACUGCCCAAUUAUUUUUUAGAAAAAAAAAUUAUAUUUUAUUAAUUAGUUACACUGAUUAUCAACACACAGACAGAGACACACACAAAGACUUAUAUAAUUAUGUUAUAUCUGGAUUUUUAUAACAAUACAACAUUCUAAUUUGUCAGAUAAUAAUGAUCAUUAGAAACAAAACAAACAAAAGUCACUAUAAAAAUGUGAUAAAAAAAAAAAAAAAAUU